AUGUAUAUUAUGACUGAAGACAUACAUCAAUCUCAAAUAAGCUACUUCAGUUUUGAACUUCUUCUACAAGAGAUUGUGCCCACAUCAAUUCGUGUAUCAAAAACAUUAUCAACACAAUCAACCCAACCAUCACUACCAACAACAACAGCAAAGCCAGACUCAACCGAAUCAAACCAAGACAAGGGAAAAGAGGAAGGUGACUACCAAACAAGAAUUGAUACUCAAUUAUCGUCCAUUGCCAAUGACUUACCAGGAACAAUCAAUAUACUAGAUACUUCGUUACUCCCCACUGAUGAUGUCACUAUACGAAUUGAACAAUUGGGUUUUAAUCUUGGUCUCAAGAUAUCAGAGCUAUUACUUUAUCAAAAUUCUUCAACCACGAAAAUUAUUGAUAUCUUGGAUAUAAUGAAAUUUAUCUGUCGUGAUGUUUGGAAAUGCUUUUAUAAUAAACAAAUUGAUAAUUUACGAACUAAUCAUCGUGGGAUAUUUGUCUUGAUUGAUAAUAACUAUAAAUUGAUUAAUCAAUUUAGUAGUAGCAGUAGUAGUAGUGCAAUAGCCCUCGAAGGCCAUAGCUCUACUGAUCAAGAUACGUUAAAGAAGUCCAAGGUGUAUCUUUGGUUUCCGUGUGGUGUGAUUAGAGGCAUUUUGAUGAGUUUUGGUGUUGAGAGUAAUGUGUCAGCUGAGAUUACUCAGUUUCCUUCAGUUAUGUUCAAUAUUCAUACAAGUAUCAAUAACUAG